AUGAGACUAAGCGUUACGUUAGUGUUAUUUUUGUGCCAUAAUAUUUGGUCUUACGAUUAUGAAACAAAAUAUUUUGAAGUACCCUUAGACCACUUCAGUUUCACCACCAAAACCACUUUCAAACUGAAAUAUUUAAUCAAUGAUACGUUUUGGACGAACGAUGGCCCGAUUUUUUUCUACACUGGAAACGAAGGAACUAUUGAAAAUUUCGCUGAAAACACCGGAUUUAUCUUCGAUAUCGCUCCGAGUUUCAACGCUUUGAUCGUCUUCGCUGAACAUCGAUAUUACGGGGAAAGUUUGCCUUUUGGCAACGAUUCUUUCAGUUCUUUGGGCCAUUUAGGGUACUUGACUUCGAGUCAAGCCCUUGCUGAUUUCGUCGAUUUGAUCGAUUUUCUGAGUCUUGGAAAGGUUCCAGUGGUGGCUUUUGGGGGUUCUUAUGGUGGAAUGUUGUCCUCGUGGCUUCGUAUGAAAUACCCUGCGUCAGUCGUUGGUGCAAUUGCUGCCUCAGCCCCAAUUUGGCAAUUUGAGACCUCCUGUGAGAAUUUUUAUAAAGUUGUUACUCAAGUCUACAAAGCAGUGACUGAGGAUUGUCCUCGUUUGGUCACUGAAUCAUGGGAGGCUUUGAGAAAUAUCGCAGCAAGCGCUGAAGGAAAAGCUUGGCUUUCCGAAGCUUGGCAAUUGUGUUCCCCUAUUGAAACACCAGGAGAUGUGGAAACGCUAAUUGGGUGGUAUUCUGAGAUUUUGGUCAACAUGGCCAUGGUUAAUUACCCCUACUCGACGUCAUUUUUGGCCCCUUUACCCCCAUUUCCGGUCAAAAACUUCUGCACCCAAUUCACAGAAGCGAAUAUCGUCGAUGAUAAAUCACUAAUUAUGGCCCUUGGAGACGCGUUACAAAUCUACACGAAUUUUAGCGAAACCACGACUUGUAAUAAAAUUAACCAAGCUGCUGAAGCCCUCGGCGAGGAGGGUUGGGGGUUUCAAGCUUGCACCGAAAUGAUCAUGCCGAUGUGCUCCAUCGAUGGUGAUAUGUUCGAGAACAAUCCCUGGGAUUAUGGGAAAUAUGCAAGUCAGUGUUUGGAAAAAUGGGGAGUGAAUCAAACACAUCCCGAGUUGCCUGUCUUGGAGUAUGGGGGGAAGGACAUCAAAGCGGCUAGUAAUAUCGUUUUCAGUAAUGGUUUACUUGACCCAUGGUCCACUGGAGGUGUUUUGAGUAAUGUUUCCGAAAGUGUUGUCGCAGUGAUCAUCCCAGAUGGGGCGCAUCAUAUUGAUUUGCGAGGGGGGAACGAGGAUGAUCCUCAAACGGUGAUUGAAGCGAGGCAGUUUCAUGUCGAGAAUAUUAAAAAAUGGAUCAGGGAGUUUUAUUUUCAAAAUGAUGGCUUUCUUGGACAAGAUUGAGUACCAACAUGUCAAAAAUGUUAAUUAACUGAUUUGUGAAAUAAGGAUAAAUAAAAAUGCCAAGUUUA